CCGUGUUCACUAGCAGAUACACAAACAGACACCAUGCUGACUGCUGAGGAGAAGGCUGCCGUCACCGGCUUCUGGGGCAAGGUGAAAGUGGAUGAAGUUGGUGCUGAGGCCCUGGGCAGGCUGCUGGUUGUCUACCCCUGGACUCAGAGGUUCUUUGAGCACUUUGGGGACUUGUCCAAUGCUGAUGCUGUUAUGAACAACCCUAAGGUGAAGGCCCAUGGCAAGAAGGUGCUAGACUCCUUUAGUAACGGCAUGAAGCAUCUCGACGACCUCAGGGGAACCUUUGCCUCACUGAGUGAGCUGCACUGUGAUAAGCUGCACGUGGAUCCUGAGAACUUCAGGCUCCUGGGCAACGUGCUGGUGGUUGUGCUGGCUCGCCACUAUGGCAGUGAAUUCACCCCGGUGCUGCAGGCUGACUUUCAGAAGGUGGUGGCUGGUGUUGCCAAUGCCCUGGCCCACAGAUAUCACUAAGCUCCCCUUCCUGAUUUCCAGGAAAGGUUUUUUCAUCCUCAGAGCCCAAAAAUUGAAUGUGGAAAAAUUAUGAAGCAUUUUGAGCAUCUGGCCUCUGCUUAAUAAAGACACUUAUUCUCAUUGCA